AUGAAUUAUCCGACAAACAACUCGUUAAAUCAUAAUAUCAAUGAUAAUAAUAACAAUAAUAUUAUUAAUACUAAUAAUAAUACCCAUCGGACACACUCGACAAGGCGUCGCGUAUCGGAAAGCAUUUAUCGGCCAAACUUUUAUCGCCAACGAAGCCAUAGCUGCAGCGCUGGUUAUUAUGGCCAUGAAAUCGAUGGCAUCAAUGAUAAAGAGGAUGUCAUCAGUGAUGGAGAGACAGACAUUACUAUUAGUGUUAUUAGACGCAAAAGUGAUGGCUUUGCAUUGAAACAUGAGGCCAACGGUGCCGUCAACAAUGGCUUCAUAGUCGACGAUAUCCAAUCGUCGCAGUUGCCGACAUGCCCGUGCACUGGUCAGAUCUGUCCAAAUGGAUGUAUCGGUCCAUUGGGACCGCUAGACGAAGUGGUUGUCGCUGCUAAAUCGGGUGCGCCAACAAUCAUACAAAAUAAUGGCCUAAACAAAAGUGAACUAAUAAUCAGUGUUCCGAUUCAUUCGACCGAAUCGGUCAUCAAUACGAAGACAUUCAUCGAUGUCGAUGACGACGACAACGAUGACAAACAUCACGGCGACGAAGAGCCGCGGAUGCAAUCGACGUGGACUGUAUUGAAGCAAAUGAUUAUACCGUUUCUCAUUGCUGGCAUCGGCUCAGUUGGGGCCGGCAUUGUGCUCAACAAUGUCCAGCACACGCAAGCCUUUAUGGCCAUACCCCAGUUGAUCAUAAUGGUGCCGUCAUUUAUCGGUCUUAUCGGUAACAUCGAGACAACACUGGCCUCGCGACUAUCGACUCACUCAAACUUAGGCACACUAGACGUCUUCUCGCGACUCCGGUCUAUGGUUUUGGCCAAUUCGUGUGUUGUCAUCUGUCAGGCCUCUACUGUAGGCCUGUUCGCCGCAUUUGCAUCACUGGCCAUAUCCUACAUCAAGUCAAGCAAUUUCAGUGCCGUCAGUAUGGGUCACCUUAUUCUCAUACUGUGCUCCAGUUCUGUGAGCACCAGUAUUGUGGCCAACAUCAUACUGGCCACUGCUAUCACAAUCAUCAUCAUAGGUGCCCGAAAGAUUAAUAUUAAUCCAGACAACAUCGCCACACCAGUGGCCGCAUCAAUGGGUGAUGUCUGUACAAUAUCAAUACUGGCCGUAAUCAGCGAUUUCAUGUAUAAGCAAACUAUUAGCGGCCGUCUAUGGAUACCGGUGCUGAUAUUAGCAUUACUUUUAUUAUUAGCGCCAAUAACCGGCUAUAUUGCCCGACAAAACCGUUACACAAAGUCUGUGAUAGUGACCGGUUGGGUACCGAUUUUGGGUGCCGUUAUCAUUGAACAACCGGGUGGUCUAGUAAUGGGCGAUGCCUUUGAUAAGUACGAUGUAAUGUCAACGUUUCAGCCGUUAGUCAAUGGCAUUGGCAGCAACUUAGUUGGCAUCCAAACGAGUCGACUGUCCACAUAUUUGCAUCAAACAGCACCCAAAGGCAAACUACCUAAAAGCAAUUCCCGGGCCUGUGUCCAGCCGUUUGCACCGUUUAUCGGCAAUGGUGUCCAUUCACGUAUGGCACGUCUAUUGUUGGCCAUAACUGUGCCGGCUCAUCUAUUCUAUCUGGGCAUCAUAUAUGCCUGGAAAAAUAAUUUCACAUUUACCGCUGCAUUUGUCGGCUCAUACCUGAUCGCAGUGAUGGCACAGAUAACAAUCCUACUCUACUUAGCCUAUGUCAGUGUAUUGUGGGCGUGGAAACGGCACAUCAAUCCGGACAACUCGGCCAUACCGUUCACGUCGGCGUUGGCCGAUGUGUUGGGCAACUGUCUGAUGGCCGGUGCCUUUGCUUUUCUUCACUCUAUCAACGAUCCCAAUGCCGUAAUACCCGUUGUCGCCGAUCUGUCGGCGGCCAACUCGUCGUCAACAAUAAAUUCAAUCAAUCAUAUCAUGAAUACAACACAAACAUUACUUUCAAGAUAACACAUUUGAUUGACACGAUUUUUGUU